AUGCUGAUGAAAUUAAAAAAGCCGAUGCAGCUAAAAAAAGUGGACGAGAGAUUAGCGUUGGACUCUAAAUAUAAGUAUGCCAUUGAACGGCUCAGGAAGCAAAAUUUACAGAGACAAGCAGAUGCUAAGGCGCUGGAAAAACGAUUUGAAGAAGCGACAAGAAAAACGGAUGAAAGACGUAUACAGGAAGAAGCAGAGAGGCGUGAAGAACAAAAAGAAGAGGAACGUAAGAUGCGAUUGCACGAACAGGCGUAUUAUGAUUACGCUAAUUCGUUUGACGGUAAGCCAGCUCCCGAUCCCACUGAUUUUAUUUUGAUGAAUCACGAAGCUAUAAAUAGGCGUAGAGUGUAUAAGGAAGAAGAGGAAAGAGAGAGGAAAAAAGAUCUGGCACUUAAAAAGGUGCUAGAUGCCGCCGCACGAGAUAUCAAUAUUCCGAUACAGAUGCCUAGAAACACAUUUGUAAGACCCAUUGGAGAGUUGGAUGGGCACGCUCCUGCUAUCGUGAAUCAUGUAGACGGUAGUUCUCUGACGAGUGAUUCAAAAGGCGGCGCCAACGUUCCCACAAGCCAGCAUGUUACGCCUCCCAGGCCACCAAUGCCUGAUUUUAAGGGAACAGUCAUUUCCGACUCAAACCUGCAUUCGUCACCCAUCCCUACGGAAUAUCUAGAACCCCCACCGCCAGGAGGUAUGGAAAUUGCUGACGCGUACAUACCACCCAAAAUUCCAGAGCAAUUUGAGAUUGACAUCCACGUCCCCAAACUAAAAUUGCCAGAUAACGAUCUCAACUUUGACUUAACUUUUGAUGAUGACUCAACGCAUAUUAAAACUGACACACUGCCUGACCCUGUAGAUCCACCAUUCCCUGCAGUCUCAUUCAACAUCGCGCCUCCAGACGUCGAGCAGUCUAUGCCGCCACCCCAAGACUUCGAUCCAGAAAUAAUCCACCGUCCGGAACUAAAAAUGUGUAUCUCUUCCUGGGCCACUUCAACACCCACACCUGGCUCUACCGAUAUCCCCGAGACGGAGCGGUUCCCCGCCGAGGCCCCGAGCACUGUCCGGGAUAUGCUUCAGUGGCUGGCAGGGCUUAAGCAUGAAAAGCAUCAUGACACUCUGAAACAAUGUAUUAACAAGGCAUUUGGUGGUCCGCACAGUGACCCUUUACAGCGUGCGCUCCACAUCAACCACACCAACAUCAGACCCAAUGAUGUCUUCGACAUACUCCAGCUUACCGCCACGUUUGCUUCGUCAGUGCUCAAUUCCAUUGCACCUAAUUGGAGAGCACAUGUGUCAUCAAAACCUGUGCAGCCUAAGCCAUCUGACCAAUCCGACGAGCCUGAUUGCUGCGCCCUCAUCUGCCAGCUGCGUGACUACGUCUACGCCUGCCACUACCAGUUGGAAUUUCUGAAGGCGCAGUGUGGUCGGGAUAAACAAAGUGGUGGGUGGAAGAGUUGUGAAUACGGCAGUGAUUCCAAGACAUCAUCCCCCCUCCAGGCGUUCCUGACUGACGGCUGGGACUCCACCUUCAAGACUCACCUCUUCGACCCCUGCAACCUGUGCCACAAGAGCCGAGUCAGGAUGGGAUUCAAAAAAGAGGAUUUGCAUAAGGAUUCAAAAGCUGGCACCGUCCUUUCGUCUAUCCUCUCUCCCAGCUGCGGCGGUGAGGACCAUGAUGCGCUAGUAGACACGAAAUGGUAA